CCAGAAUUCCAUAGACCUUCCUUUCCGACAUUUCCGCGGCGAAAUGGCUCCAAUUAAGAAAGGAGGUGAGAAGAAGAAGGGUCGCUCAGCCAUCAACGAGGUGGUCACCAGAGAGUACACCAUCAACGUACACAAGCGCAUCCAUGGAGUGGGCUUCAAGAGGAGAGCUCCUCGUGCCAUCAAGGAGAUCCGCAAGUUCGCCAUGAAGGAGAUGGGAACUCCUGAUGUGCGCAUCGACACCCGCCUUAACAAGGCCGUCUGGACCAAAGGCGUGAGGAAUGUGCCGUAUCGGAUCCGCGUGCGCCUGUCCAGGAAGCGCAACGAAGACGAGGACUCCCCCAAUAAGCUUUACACACUCGUCACAUAUGUCCCUGUCACCACAUUCAAAGGUCUUCAGACAGUGAAUGUUGAUGAAAAUUAGAAAUCUUCAGUUCUGGCAAAUAAAUGGGUGAAAACCUUUAA